UCUUUGGAGGGUAGUUUCGUAAUUCAAUAAACUAUUAAUCUUGUGAUCUAUAUUUUGCCACCUGAAAGACAUAAUCAGUUGUUAGGGGGCACUAACUAACAAAUGAAGUCGUCUCUCAUUAACUUCCACAAAAACACAACUCUACUUUAUGUAUUUUUAACAACCAGAAAACCGCCGCAUAACCGCCACUUCUCCGCCGUGUCCUCCGCGGAAUCGUGGCUGGCCGUACAAGGAAACCCUCUAAUCAAGUGGCCCCACAACCCCAACUUGGCCCCAUCCCCAUCAGCAGACCAGCAAAACUCCUCUCCAACUUCAAACUCAAACCCUAAUUACCAUCAAAAUGAUUUCUUUACCCUCUGCAACAUCCUCAAAGACCCCAAAAUCCAGCUCGGUCCAUCCCUCCGAACCGCUUUGGACCGGACCGGAAUUGAACCGGAACUGGGUCUUAUACAGUCAGUAUUUGACCAUUUUGAUUCAUCACCAAAGUUGCUGCACAGCGUAUUUCUGUGGGCAGAGAAGAAACCUGGGUUUCAAUCCUCUGCGGCGUUGUUUAAUUCAAUGGUGAAUUUUCUUGGUAAAGCAAGAGAAUUUGGUUCUGCUUGGUGUUUAUUGCUUGAUAGGAUUGGUGGAAAUGAAGGAGGGGAUUUGGUUUCUAGUGACACUUUUGCCAUUUUGAUCAGAAGGUAUACUAGAGCAGGAAUGUCUGAAGCUGCAAUUAGAACAUUUGAAUACGCGAGCAGUUUAGAUUUGAUUCAUAAUUCUGAAGCUGGAACGAGCUUGUUUGAAAUUUUGUUGGAUUCACUUUGUAAGGAGGGGCAUGUUAGGGUGGCUACAGACUAUUUUGAUAGGAAAGUGGAGAAGGACCCAUGCUGGGUUCCAUCAGUUCGGAUAUAUAAUAUACUGUUAAAUGGAUGGUUUAGAUCAAGAAAGCUCAAGCAUGCAGAGAGGCUUUGGCUGGAAAUGAAGAAGAAGAAUGUAAAACCGAGUGUUGUAACAUAUGGUACACUGGUAGAAGGGUACAGUCGUAUGCGUCGUGUUGAGAGGGCUAUUGAAUUGGUUGAUGAAAUGAAAAGAGAAGGGAUUAAAUCAAAUGCCAUUGUAUAUAAUCCCAUUAUUGAUGCAUUAGCAGAAGCUGGUAGGUUUAAGGAGGUCUUGGGGAUGAUGGAGCACUUUUUUCUGUGUGAGGAAGGCCCCACUAUCUCCACCUACAAUUCUUUGGUAAAGGGUUACUGUAAGGCUGGAGACCUUGUUGGGGCUAGCAAGAUCCUUAAGAUGAUGAUUAGCAGGGAAGUCUUCCCAACCCCUACAACUUAUAAUUAUUUCUUUCGGCAUUUUUCAAAGUGUAGGAAAAUUGAAGAGGGGAUGAACCUAUAUACCAAGAUGAUUGAAUCUGGGUACACCCCUGAUCGACUCACUUACCAUCUUUUGUUGAAGAUGUUGUGUGAGGAGGAGAGAUUGGACUUGGCUGUUCAGAUUAGCAAGGAAAUGAGAGCUAGGGGAUGUGAUAUGGACUUAGCCACUAGCACCAUGUUUACUCAUUUGCUUUGUAAAAUGCAGAGAUUUGAAGAGGCAUUUGCAGAAUUUGAGGACAUGUUACGGAGAGGUAUAGUUCCUCAAUACCUUACUUUCCAUAGAUUGAAUGAUGAGUUCAGGAAACAGGGACUGACUGAGCUGGCACGGAGACUGUGUAAGCUGAUGUCUUCUGUUUCACAUUCAAAAAACUUGCCAAAUACAUAUAAUGUUGAUAGAGAUGCGUCACGACAUGCAAGGAGAAAAUCUAUAUUGCAGAAGGCAGGAGUAAUGUCUGAAAUACUAAAGACUUGUAAUGAUCCUAGAGAACUUGUUAAGCACAGAAGUUCAUCUCAGAAUCCCGAAUCAAGUGCAAAUCAGUUGAUAGAGGAUAUAAAAAAGAGAGCAAAGACAUGACAUCUCACUCUCUAGAUGGUAAUACCCUGCAAAGGCAUGUGAAAUUAGAGAACUUCGCGAUCAGUUUUGGAAAACUUUUUGUAAUGUGGUUUUUGAAGAAUCCUGUUUCUAGAGAUGAAUUGCUUCUUACAUAAUUAAGUAGCAUUGUUUCAGCACAAAUAUGAAGACAGCUUCUGCGAAUACAAAAGCCUCAGCAUGUGCAAAGUGGAAUGCUGGGUUCUGGCAAACGUGGAGAAUGAGUUAAUGAAAGGGAGCUGGAUGGUAAUGGAGAUUGGUCGGAACUUAGAGAACAGGAUAUUUAAGCAUUUAAAUAUAUUUUUGAUGCUGCACCUUUCCACAGUUUAUGUUGAAGUUCUUGCAGGUAAAUAGUUAAUCGAUGCUACCAGUUGAAAUGAACUUUGCGAUGCAUCCUGCAGGUAAAUUGUUGUUUUUUAUCGGCCAAUGAAUGAUGUUCACUACAGCACCUUUUACAUGAA